AUGUCCAACAAGGCAGCCAUCCUCAUUCAGACCCACGGCCCUCUAGUUAUCAAGGACCUGCCUAUCCCACAAUGUGCACCAACAGAAGUGAUAGUCAAAGUGAAGGCAGUCGCCACCAACGCCGCAGACUGGAAGGUAUACGAGGGUCAUUUCCCCCAAGACCUCCCAAUAAUCCUAGGUUGUGACAUUGUCGGGGAAAUCUCCGAAGUCGGCCCAAGGGUGACUGGCUUCAACGUUGGAGACAAGGUGGCCGGCUACACCCAACAACAACUAACCGGAAUGCAAUCCAUGAUGAGCACAGGCCGAGUCGCGUCCGACCUUCGCCACGGCGGCUACCAAACGUACGUCCCCAUGCUCCCACGCAUGAUCUUCAAGGUCCCAGAUUCCAUCCCCGAUGAAGUCGCAACGACCUUCGGCUGUUCCUUCUUCACUGCUGCAACGGCCGUCUUCAGAUCCCUCGACUUCCCCUACCCGAUUCCGUCCUCUGCUCCGGCCGGCAGGGAAAAAGUACUUGUCUGGGGCGGAGCAAGUGCUGUAGGCGCUUUUGCGAUCCAGCUUCUCAAGGCGUCCCAUGCUGAAGUCACGGCUGUUUGUUCCGCCAAGAACUUUGACUAUGUUAGGAGUCUGGGAGCUAGUCAUGUUAUUGACUAUGGGGCUAGUGAUGUGGUUGAGCAAGUGAAAGCGCAGGGUCUUAGGUUUAGGGUUGCGUUUGAUGCUAUUUCGUCGCAGGAGACGUGUAAUGCUUGUUUGGAUAUUGUGGGUGAGGGUGGUAAGGUGGCCAAUGUGCAGUUUUUGGAGGCGUUGAGACGGCCGAAUAUUGAUUUGGUACAUACGAAUGUUGUUGAGAUUUUGGGGGAGUCGGAUGCGGAAUUCCUUUCCUCCUUGAUUGGGGUUUGGACACCGAAGGCAGUAAGUGAAGGCACCUUGAAGGGUGUGCAGUUCACGAAGUACUCUGGUGGAUUGAGCGCUAUUGAUCGUGCAAUUCAGGAUCACCGUGAUGGCAAGAUUGCUGGAAAGGGGGUUGUUAGGGGUAUCUAA